UGAAGCGUCGCUACUACGAUCUCAGCGUGAUGACGUCAGUGUUUACCGCCCAGUGGGCGUGGCCGGAGAGUACGCUCUGUGUUAGUGUGUUAUGUCCGGGCAUGCAGGGUCCGUGCGGGCUUCCGUACUCUGAGCUGCGGGCAGACUUGUGAUGAUGGAGCCGACAUUGGAGAAGCUGGUGGAGACAUUGACGACAUCUGGGGAGCCGCAGCUCAACCCUGAAAAACUCAAACAGUUGAAGAAGAUCUGCAAGUCUUCAGAUGAGCACAUAAGGCAUGUCUACCACCUGCUGAUGACCCAGCUGACCCAGGACCAUGCCGAGAUCCGGCUUCCCGCCUUCCAGAUAGUCAGCGAGCUGUUCAGUCGAUCGCACCUGUUCAGGACGCUGCUCAUCUCCAACUUUCAGGAAUUUUUGGAGCUCACUGUGGAGACGGACUAUGACCAGCCGCUUCCACCUCCCAAGGAAGUGGCACAGAAGCUAAAAAUUUUAGCCAUUAAGACUGUACAAGAAUGGCAUGAGAAAUUUGGGGAAGCUUAUAAGACAUUGUCCUUGGGAUAUCACUUUCUGAAGCAAAACAAAAAGGUGGACUUCCAGGAUGUGAGGUCAAGGACGGUAGCAGAGAGAAAAAGGGAAGAAGAGAAGCAGAAACGUUUGGAAAAUAUUUAUAAGGAGAAAGCUAAAAACGCAAAGAGUGAAAUGGAAGAAGCGCUAGAGGACAUCCAGUCCUGCCUCACGGAGAUGGAGAACUGCUUCAGCCUAUUGCUGCCCAACCCUAUAGAAUUCAGUCUAGUCAAUGAUGAGAGUGAUGAGAAAGAAGGCGUAUCACUGAAAAACAACUCUCCUAAGCCCAACCCCCAGUUACGUGACGCUGACGACGAACAACCCUGCUGCAGCAAGGACUUGCCCGACCUUACGGCCUCCAGCACCAGAGGAAGGGAAAAGGUGAAGCGUUCUUCAAAGGAAUCCACAUCAGAUGAGUCUGACAACGACUUUGAGCCUGUAGAAGCAUCUUUCAUCAGAGACCACGGGCUGGGAUCUUACAAUUAUACACUCGACAUUGACAUAUCAACAGAUAUGAAGGUGAAGGAGAAUGAGGAUAAUACCGACGUUCUAAACAAUUUAACAGAUGCCUAUAAGAUGGCAAAGAACAAGUACUGGCCCGCGGUGCAGUCCUGGAUACAGGUUUUCACAAAGGCUGGAAUACACGACGACAGCCUGAGAUGUGCGAUUGACCUGAAGAAGAAAUUAGAAAGUGUGAUGAAGAAACACAAGGAGAUGAAUAUCGAGUGCAAAACUCGGGAAAAAGGAGCGGCGGCAGACAGUGAUGAAGAGGAUGACGAUUUCGAAGAGGUCCCAGAGAAAGAAGGUUACGAGCCUCGCAUUCCGGACCACCUUCGCUCGGAGUACGGUUUGGAUACUGCCCCGAAAUCAACACCUCCAUCAAACAAGAAAAGGACGGAUAUCCAACCCCGCAAACAAAGGAGGAACGAUGAAGAAUCUGAUCCAACCUGUGCUGCUGCCACACUAAAGGCCAUGAAGGACAAGAUGUCGGCCUGUACCUCCUCAGCCUCCAGCUCAGGCGAACCCAGCAGUAAAAGCGUAAAGCGGGAGGAAGAGCUAUCGAGAGCACCUGUCAUCCCGUUCGGACUAGAUCUGCACUACUGGGGGGAGGAUCAGCCCACAGCUGGCAAAAUACUCAAAGUCAGUUCCCAGCAUCGAUUCUGGGCUUCCAGUGAGUUUGAAGAGGAAGUGGAGAAUAAAGAAGUGGAGGCCAUGUUAAAAACCAGAUACAUCACAUUCUCGGGCAAGUUUGAGCCAGUGAAACACAAGUGCCGGGCACCACUGUCCAAUGGGUCUCUGUGUGAGAGGCAAGACAGGAUAAAGUGUCCUUUCCAUGGGAAGAUAAUCCCACGAGAUGAGCUUGGAGUGCCAGUAAAUCCCGAGGAUCGGGAGAGAGAAGUAAAGGAGAAACUUGAUAAAGAGGCCAAGGAACAAGAUUGGAGAGAUCCUGAACUGAUGCGAGCGAUUGAGGAAGCUACCGGGGAAGAUCUUGGAUCAUCCAAGUGUUUCAAGAAAGGCCAGAAAAAGAAAGGAAAGAAGAAAAAGUAUCCAAACCUGACGGACCUGAAGCAGAAAGCCAAUACGACCCGCUCUCGUCUGGAGAAGAAAGUGUUUAACACGGGAUCAGUAAAACGAGUGAUAAGCGCAAUGAACCAAAUGGAUAAGAGGCGACACGAAAAGUUUGCAAACCAGUUUAAUUACGCAUUAAAUUAAAACCGCCGAGGAAGGAGAUAAACCAUCCAGCCGCCUUCUACAUGGAAGACUUGUUUUAAGGACCUUUAAAGAAAAAUUGUUGUAAUAUACGGAUAUUUUUCCCUAAUGGUUAUGUCUUAACUUAUUUGCAUAAUUUGCUAUACUUUAUGGAUUUUUAACUGUACAGAUUUGUAUGUUGUUUUAAAGAAAAUCGCAAUGCCAUAAAAAGAUAAGAUAAAAAAAAAUGUUAUAAAUGUGCUGUACAAACAUUUUUAUGCUGAUAAAUAUGUCAUGACAACCCAAGUAAUCUUAAUAGGCUCAAUGAAAAAAGAAGAAAAAAAAAGUUGACAUUCUCUAAUUUAUUUAUAAAUAUAUAUUUUGUUUUGUGACUUUUAUUUUUUUUUUGUACCUGAAUAGCGUCAACAUAAUUCAGAGAAUCUGCAUAAAAUCUAUGAAAACACAGGCAGAGCAUAAACAUUCCGUGUUAACUAUUGAACGUGGUUGGUUUUGCGCCCAGGUCCCCAAGGCAAUAAUGCUAACCAGAGAUUUGGCAAUCAUUUUAUUGACAAUCUAUUUGGCUUAAAAAUUCGACCACAAAACAAAACUGCUCUAUCUCCAAAUUUUUGGAGAUUCUUUUUAGGGAAAUCCAUUUCAGGAGCAGGGAUUCAUUCACUUACUGAGCAGCCAGGCCUACAUUGUCUGCCUACUGCUCAGUUUAUAUUUAUUGUCCUUGUGGCACAGAGCACCCAGCCUAGUGAAUGUUUUCGUCCCUGAGACAAGUGGUGAUGCGGUAUGUCCAAUCUCGUUUCCAUUGUGUUAUAGCAUAGGACGCCAGGGCAACUACAUAGUUGAGCAGGGACUCUUGUUAUUUUGAUAGGAGUCCUAACACCUGUACUUGCUCCUGUUCAGCGGUGCUUACUGUCUAGCCUAAGUUGGUAAGUAGCAAUGUUAUGUAUUUGAAGAAAUCUGUCCAUAUGAUUCAGAUCUGCAACCAUCAGUUGUCAUCAGUUUUAUGCUGCCCAAAACUUGGGGGGCAUAAAACCUGUGCAGGCAGGGAGGUUCCGGAACACUAUGAAUUACUCUCAGGUUUGUAUGUAUAUCUAUAUCUAAUCAUGCAGGUGUUUUUUUGUAAAUAUCUGUUCUGUGUGUAUGUACAAACAGACAAGGACCUUUCCCAUGGAUAUCAGCCUACAAAAACAAUAAAAUAAAAAUGAAUAAGGAUCUACACUGCGUUCUACAUUAGUAAAUUUUGUCUUCAUGUUUACCUAAACCUUGAGGGGGCAUUUUGAUUCAUAUAAUGUAA